UAAACAUGGUUUCCAACAACAGUGCAAUGAUAAAGCCUGUCAUCGGCUCUCUGAAAAGAAAAUCUGACUGUGAUGCUUCAAAUGAGAUGGCAACAGAUUCCUCUGCACCAAUGAAAGACUCAGCUCCUCCCUUAUCCCCCGCGCCGACAAAGGACUCGGCUCCUCCUGUGACAGCUGCCUUCACAUCUCCUCCCACCCUGUCCCUGCCUCUGCCCUUGUUAAGAGGUGUCCAUGGGGACAAAGACAGAGCACCAGUACCCCAGGCAGUGGUCAAACCCCAAGUCCUCACCCACCUCAUAGAGGGCUUCGUCAUCCAGGAGGGAGCUGAGCCCUUCCCUGUUGCUGGGCUCCUCAAAGACAGAGACUAUGCCCUGGUUGGCCGAUCAGAGAACGGUACUCCUUUGUUGAAGUGUGAAUACUGUGCAAGCCUCGCCCCUGCCAGCCAGUUCAGAGGAUCAAAGAGGUUCUGUUCAAACACAUGUGCUAAGAGGUAUAAUGUCAGCUGCAGCCAACACUUCAAAACGAGCAGAGGGAGAAGUGGUGCAGGCGUGGCACCUCCUCCGGCCCCCACUGAGAUCGCUGCCAGGCGAAGGGGUCCCUCCCGCAGGAGCAGCUCUAAUAUCCCCUGUAAUAAGUUAUCGAGCAGGCAUCUACCUGUCAAGUGUCACUCUGAGUCCAGCCGCUCGGAUGAUGUAUCCAGCGACGGAGAAGAAGAAGAAGAGGACGAGUCUCCUUCUCUGUCCCCGAGCUCUUCUCACUCCUGCUCGAGAGCCGGGCACAGCGCUCCUCCCUCUGACAGCUCUGCUCCACUAGAGGGCGCUAACUUUCUCUCGGCAACUCCUGCUCAGUGGAGCGUGGAAGAAGUGUGCAGGUUUAUCUCCUCACUUCAAGGCUGUGAAGAAUUGGCUGCUCAGUUCCUGUCGCAGGAAAUAGACGGGCAAGCUCUUAUGCUCCUGCGAGAGGAUCAUCUCAUAUCUACCAUGAAUAUCAAGCUGGGUCCCGCGCUUAAGAUCUGUGCCUCCAUCAACACGCUGCGUGAGUGAUGCAGUCCGGCCGAGGAGCAGAAUAAAAAAAAAUACUACAAUCUUUGAUGACAUGAGUUUUAACAGUUCACUUUUAUAGACAUUGAAUGUGCAAAAACUUGUAUGUAUACUUUUACGUUUGUAUUCAUGUCAGUAGUGUUUCUUAGUUUAUUCUGUUACUGUGAGUAGAGAGCGACGUCUUUAUGUAUACUCCUGUGAAACUGUGCAAACCUGCCGGUGUGCAGGACUAGGUGCUAGGUCUCCUGUCUAGGACAGUUCACCUCUUGGGGGAGGGGAGAAAGAAACGUUGCCUUCUUGCUGGAUUUCAAACCGGUGCUUUAACUUUGGUAAUAUGUUUCAGUCUUUUAGUAGUUACCUGUUAUUUUAAGAUAGAUGUUCAACCCAGGCUCCAACCACAUCAAGUAAAGGACACUCGUAGAGCCUGAGGUUCAUUUUACCUGCCUUUAAAAGUUUAGUUUUGUAUCUUUUCCAUUUUGUACUACAAUCAAAGCUAUUUUUUCAUGGAUAAAAAUAUAGUUUUAGUAGCUUUAACCAACUUAACUACCUGAAAAUAGGUAUUUCUAAUGGUUUGCUCUCUUCAGGGCUGAGUGGAAGUACUCUGUGUACACAAUUACACAUGUUCUACCCAUAAAAAAUACCUGUUAAAGGAUCUUUGAAUCUG